UUACAUUUUGCACUUCCGCCUCCCAAUCCGGGGUGUCUGGAGACUCGGGCGCGCCAAAAGCACCUCCCUAGGCCAUGCGCAGGCGCAGCGCGGGAGAGGCGGACCAGGCGGUAUCACUUCCCGGAAGCGCUGUACACGCCCUCAAACGGAUGCGAUCAGAGGAUGCGUCGCUCCCGCCCCCCGGGCUCUUGCCCAAUUAGACAGGAGGGGCGGGGCCUCCGCUCUGCGCAGCCUCCGCUCUGUGCAGUCCCCGAGGGGAGGUGCGGCGUAGUCUUUCUCCGAAGUGCUGCGGGCUGGCAAGUCCAGCGUGGAGUGGGGGCUGUGCGUGGCCGUAAGUGGCUCUGACCCUUUUACCCGGAAAUGGCGUGAAGAGGCACUCUGCGGUUGGUGCCUACCAAACCUGGGCAACUGGCGGGUUCCAUGAGCCUUCCUCAGCCCACCUGCGCCAGUCCUUUAGGGCUGUGCGGGAUCGUCUGCCCUUCCCAGUUGGGAUGGGCUACAGGUGUUCACGACUCCUAUUUCCUACUUCCACAGGCUGGGACUGUGGGAGGUCAAGGUCUGACUUCGAUUUUGAAUAUCCUUUCAAAAGGCAAGGUUGGCUGAGGAGCCAGCGGCGCACGAACGGGUGCGGGUGGCUCGGGUCCUUCUCAGAGUAAGGGCACCUCUUUCUUCGAGGACCAGGCAUAGCCUGGGUGAUGGCUAGAAAUGCAUAAUCUCAGGCUGCAUCCCAUACUUCCUGAAUCAGAAUCUUCACGUUAACGACAUGCCUAGGUGGUUUUUGUGCACGUUACUGUUUGAGAAUUGCUGCUUUAAGCUUCGCGUGAUUUCUGGUGUAGAAGGCAAUGUUGACGAAUGCGUUUGGUUCUGGAGACGGUGGCCUAUACUGCAGACCUAAAGGAGAGGUUAAGGUGUGAGUCUUGUGUGUCAGACUUAGGAUCUUUAUGCAUUCCAGGUCACUUAAGUCACCUUGUCACUUAAGGUGGUAUAAUGAACGUGCUAUGAUACAAGUAGAUAAGCUAUGUGAGCAUAGGUAUCAGGGAGUGUACAGAAGCAAUCAGGAAAGGGAAACUAAUAUACGCAAUGAGGCAUUAGUCAACCUGAGGUUUAAAGACGGAUAGGACGUGUAUUAGGAAUGAAUCUAUUCCAUCUGCUUAGCGUCCCACAAACAUAGUUUCUAGGCAAGGAAUUCACUUUAUAAUAAAAGGAGUGUGGUCACCAGUUGCCAAGAUGGCCCCCAGUGAUCCUGGUCUUGUGUAGUCCCUUCCCACAUUGACUUAGGAUGACUUUGUGUCUUUUUUUUUUUUUUUUUUUUUAACGUUUAUUUAUUUUUUAGUGGGAGCGGGGAAAGGGCAGAGAAGGAGGGAGACAGAGAAUCCGAAGCGGGCGGGUUCCGCGCCGACAGCGGUGAGCCCAAAGUGGGGCUCAAACUCAGGAACCGUGAGAUUAUGACCUGAGGCCAAGAAGGAUGCUCAACCGACUGAGCCGCCCAGGUGCCCCUGACUUUGUGUCUUAACCCAUUUUGGCUGCUAUUACAAAAUACCCUAGACUGGGUAGUUUAUAAACAACAGAAAUGUUUUUUUCACAGUUCUGGAGGCUGGGAAAUCCAGGAUCCAGGUGAUGGUGCAUUGGUGUCUGGUGAGAGUCCACUUCCUGUUUAUAGAUGGCUUUUCUUUUCAGUGUAACCUCACACAGUGGAAGGGACAAGGGAGCUUUCUCGGACCUACUUUUAUAAGAGCACUAAUACUCUUAGUGAGGGUUCUGCCCUCAUGACUGGAUCACCUCCCAAAGGCCCUGCCUCCUAAGGACCCUACCAUCACCUUGGGGCUAGGAUUUCAGUAUGUGAACUUGCUGGGGACAUAACCAUUCUCUCCUUAGCACCGUGCAAACAGCAGAAUGUUGUGGAAAUGAUGAUGUGUGAUGGUAGGAGCUCCAUCAUAAAAGAUACUGUGAUUUCCAUGUUGCUCUCUCGAAUCUCUUGUUCUGUGGGAAGCCGAUUAACUCUGUUGCAAGGACAUAUGAAGUUGUCUCUAUGGAGAAGUUCAUGUGAGGGACUGAGUUUCCUGCCAAAAGUAGCAUGAGGGCACCGCCUUGGAAGACCAUCCUGCGGCCACAGUCAAGCAUUCAGAUGACUGAGUCCCUACGGACAACUGAACUGCGGUCUCAUGACAAGUCCUGGUCGAGAACAACCAUUCAUCUAAACCAUUAACAGGUUCCUGACCCAUAGGAAUUGUGUAAGCCCCAUGAGAGGAGCAAACCAGUCGAGUGUCUCCGAGUUCCUCCUCCUCGGGCUCUCCAGGCAGCCCCAGCAGCAGCAGGCCCUCUUUGCGCUCUUCCUGAGCAUGUACCUGGCCACGGUCCUGGGAAACCUGCUCAUCCUCCUGGCCAUCUGCGUGGACCCCCGCCUGCACAUCCCCAUGUACUUCCUCCUCAGCCACCUGUCCUUUGUGGACAUCUGCUUCUCCACCACCACCAUCCCCAAGAUGCUGGCCAACCACAUCCUUGGGACUCAGGCCAUCUCCUUCUCUGGGUGUCUCACACAGAUGUAUUUUGUGUUCAUGUUCGUGGACAUGGACAAUUUCCUCCUGGCUGUGAUGGCCUAUGACCGCUUUGUUGCCAUAUGCCACCCCUUACACUACUCGACAAAGGUGACCCACCAGCUCUGUGCCCUGCUGGUUGCUGGGUCAUGGGUCAUUGCCAACCUGAAUGUCCUACUGCAUACCCUGCUGAUGGCUCGACUCUCGUUCUGUGCAGACAAUGCCAUCCCCCACUUCUUCUGUGAUGUGACUCCCCUCCUGAAACUGUCCUGCUCUGACACGCACCUCAAUGAGGUGAUGAUUCUGACUGAGGGUUCUCUGAUCAUGAUCUCUCCAUUUAUUUGCAUCCUGGCUUCGUAUGUGCAUAUUACCUGCGCUGUCCUGAGAGUCCCGUCCACGAAGGGAAGAUGGAAAGCCUUCUCGACCUGUGGCUCGCACCUGGCCGUGGUUUCCCUCUUCUAUGGCACCAUCAUUGCUGUGUAUUUCAACCCUUUGUCCUCACACUCUUCUGAGAAGGACACAGCAGCUACUGUGAUGUAUACCGUGGUGACCCCCAUGCUGAACCCCUUCAUCUACAGCCUGAGGAACAGAGACUUGAAAAGGGCUCUUGGAAAAGUGGUUGGAAGAAAGACAUUUUCUGUCCGAUGAGAGAAUCAAAGCUGAAUCUUAUUUUCAUGAAAACUUUUUUUUUAAUCAACUGAGUAUCAGAGAGCAGAUGUUUUGUCAAAGGGAGUCUGGAAACAAACUUAUUCAUGUCUGUGCUAGGGGAAUGUAGAUGGCAAUUGUUACUUACUUACUUACCUGUGGCCUGAAUUCACCUGUACUCCUGCUGCAUCUCCCAGUAAUGAGAUUUCUUUUUUAAUGACUAACUUUUGAAUUAUUUUACACCUAAGUCAAGUGUUUCCUUUUUAAAUGGUCUGUCUGGAAGGAUACAGGUGUCACAUAUUUUUGAACAUUAGAAUUACCUGGAAGCUUUUAUAGUCCACUGAUGUCCAAGAUCCAACACUGACCAAAUAGGUCAGAACCUCUGGGGGUGGGGCCACACCACUGAGAUUUAAAAAGCCUCAGAUGAUUCUAAUGUGCAGUCAGAGUGGAGAAUUUUUGGUCCUUGUUGUAUUCCUUACAUGUCCUCUGUCUUGGUCAGUCAUAAAAAUUGGGUCACAGGAAUGAUAACAGAAAUUAGUUUUGAGGGAUGCCUGGCUGGCUUAUUCAGAAGAGCCCGCAACUCUUGAUCUCAGGUCAUGAGUUCAA